GUCGAAUCUGGCAAAUUUUCCAGUGUUGAGGUAUCAUCUUGAGAGACCUGGAACACCAACUUCUGGACUUCCCCUCGAACGCCAAAGUACACCAACUGAAAAAGUAACUCUCCUUCUUCAAGACAAGCCCGAGAACUCCCAUUUCCAUCAACCCCACAGCAAGCUAGGAUUGUACAAAGUCGGUACCCGAAACAGUCCAAAACACUUGGGCAGAUUUUACGUUUAAGCUUUGAAUCUUCAACGAUCAAUCCUGAAUGACUUAAGGAGGGAUUUUGGAUUGUAUCAUGUUUAAAAAGCUAGACCUAGGUGAACUUAGCCCUGCUAGGAUGAGCAUUCAGUUAGCUGAUCGCUCUAUUGUGCAUCCUAGGGGUAUCAUAGAGGAUUUGCUUGUUAAAGUAGGCGCAUUCACAUAUCCUGUUGAUUUUGUUGUUCUGGAUAUAAAUGAGGAUGUGGAUGUGCCUUUGAUUUUGGGUAGACCAUUUCUUGCCACCGCCAAGGCACUAAUUGAUGUGCAUAGUGGUAAACUGAUCUUGCGUGCUUGGAAUGAACAUGUUACUUUUUCUGUGGAUGACCUUGAUCAUUGUGAUAUGCCUGCUGUCACACCUAUGCAUGCCAUUUCUCACCAGGCACACGAGCCUGUCGUGUACCCUCCUGUGCAUCUCGUUUUGCAGGACCCCCCUCUCACGCCUUCGCCGCCACUCCCGGCAACCUCACUUCCCAAUAAAAAGCUCAAGGAGGAGUGGCGGCCGAAGCCACAGGUGGCUAAGCCUGCUCGGAAGAAAGGUGGAGACCACUAUGAGCUGGUCCCACCUCCUGCACCACGGCCACCCUGGCCAUCCGAGUACUCCCUCGCCUGCAUCUUGCCGGAUGGCCAGGUCGAGCUGACCAAUGCUGGUGGUCGCAUCCGUCGAGUGCUUUGUCCCUGACUGGUCCCCUCUCCAGUCCUCUUCGCUCAGACUGGUCCACUUCCAGUCUCCUGCAGUCCGUGUACACCGGUAACAUCGUUACCCUUAUCUUUCCCUCUUCUCCAUUGAGGGCAAUGUCGAUCUUAAGUGUGGGGGGAUGUUUCUCUUUUGACUGCAUUAGAUCUGUUUGUGUACUUGGAGCCUAGUCCACUGUUCAAAUUUUUAAAUUUGAGGGCUCCAAGUACGUGUUUCCUUGCAAAUUGCCUGCUCAGUAUGCUUUGAAUUGACAGUCUCUAUAGUAAUGUGCAACCUAGGGAGGUAGUGUAGCACUAUGGAGGAUGUUGAAGCAUAAGAAUUUUCCUAUCUAGCUCUCUGCUGUGCCAGUUGAUUUUGUGAAUUAGUGGAGCUAGAACCGUUGAAUUCAUGUGGUAUUGGUGACUCUAUGUGGAUUGUUUUAUGGACUUGUGUAUCGAACAAGGUGCUCAUGUGGAAAAUGAAAAAUGCAGUUGGUC